ACAGCAGCAGAGCUGCAGCUGGAAAAGCUCUCUCACCGUUUAAGGAUUUUCGACAUAACACGGCGGAGUUCUUCGCUGGUAACUGUGUGGACAUGUCUGCUGCCAGCUGUCUGCUGUCUGAAGACCAGUUUCUGUGCUCCAUUUGUCUGGAAGUGUUCACAGAUCCAGUCAGUACACCAUGUGGACACAACUUCUGCAAGAACUGCAUCACUCAGCACUGGAACAGCAGUCCUCUGUGUCAGUGUCCAGUUUGUAAAAGGAAGUACUGCAUUAGACCUGAGCUCCAUGUCAAUACUUUCAUCUCUGAGAUGGCUGCUCAGUUCAAGCUGUCAGCUCAGCAGGAAGCCAGCAGCAGCACGAGGAGAUCAGAGCAACAGUCUGCUAAACCAGGAGAAGUUCUCUGUGAUGUUUGUACUGGGACCAAACUGAAGGCUCUGAAGUCCUGUCUGGUGUGUCUGACCUCCUACUGUGAGACUCACCUGCAGCCUCAUCAGACUGUUUCAGGCCUAAAGAGACAUCAGCUGAUCGACCCUGUUAAGAGCCUGGAAUGGAUGAUAUGUUCAAAACAUGAUAAACCGCUGGAGCUCUAUUGUAAGACCGACCAAAGGUGUGUCUGUGCUAUCUGCUCUGUUUCGAACCACAAGUGUCAUGAUGUUGUUCCUCUGACAGAAGAAUAUGAAGCAAAGAAGGCAGGGUUCGAGAAAACAGAGGCUGAAAUUCAGGAGAUGAUCCAGAAAAGAAAGAUUAAGAUUGGGGAAAUGAAACACUCUGUGCAGCUCAGUAAGGAAGAGGCAGACAGAGUGACAGCAGAAGGUGUUCAGAUCUUCACAUCUUUAAUAGAGUUUGCAAAGAGCAGCAUGAAAGCACUGAUAAAGACAAUUGAAGAGCAGCAGAGAACAGCAGAGAAACAGGCUGAAGGCCGCAUUAAGGAGCUAAAGCAGGAGAUUUCUGAGCUUAUGCAGAGAAGCUCUGAGGUGGAGCAGCUCACACGGCCUGAAGACAUCCUUCACCUCAUCCAGAGUUUAUCUUCAGUGAAAGCUGCUCCCCCCACCAAAGACUGGACAAACAUCAGUGUCCAUCUACCAUCAUACACAUGGAUGGUGGUGAGAAUUAUAAAUCAGGUGGAGAGGAAUCUCAGAAGUGAGAUAAGGAAAGUGACGAGGGCUGAACUGAAGAGGGUUAGGGAUUACAAAGUUAAGGUGACAUUUGACGCUGAUUCAGUUCAACCCAAAGCCCCCCAGUCUGCGAAUGAUAAUUGUAAAUGUGUUUUGUCAAAACAGGGUUUCUCUUUUGGAAGAUUUUACUUUGAGCUUAAAGUUAAAACCCAUAGUACAUGGACAGUAGGAGUGGCCAAAUACAUGAGCAACCUAAAGAGAGAAAAAACCAAACUGAGCCCUGAAAAUGGUUACUGGACUAUUUGCUCUGAGCAAUGGAAAUCGGGCCAUCCAGCUCUGAAUUCAGAAAUUGAGGAUGUGGGAGUGUUUAUAGAUUAUGAUGAAGGCCUGGUUUGCUUCUAUGAAAUCAAUGGUGCAGCUCUAAUUCACUCAUUUAUCGGCUGCUCUUUCACUGAGAAACUCUACCCGUUCUUCAGUACCUGCCGAAAUGAUGGGGUUCAAAUCCACACCAGUGCAUGUGUAAUAUCAUAGAUACGUGUUUGAUCUUAGUUUAAAAAGCCAUAUUAUCUUUUCCAUUUGUCAAGAUUUUAAAUUUCACAUUUCCAUUUAAGAGCUUCAUUAUUUUUUACUGCUGACCAGUGAUUUUUCCCCUAAUGAGCCUUUUCAAUUAUGGCCCCAAAACUUUCGAAUACGCUGCCUUUAACUAUUAGACAGGCAUCUUCGUUUCCUGUUUUUAAAACGCUUUUGAAAACACACCGGAUAAAUAUUUGUUCAGUGUGCUGUCGGUAGCUUCCAAAAAGGCCAUAACUCGCCUUUGGCUUAAAGAGGAUACUCCUACUAUAGAUGAAUGGAUUGAUGUGAUAUAUACUAUUUUUGUUUUGUUUGUGAUGCUAUAUGAUAGCUUAUGUUGAUACUAUGUUGAUAUUUCUCUGUUGAUAGGCAACGUAAAACCAGCGUUAUGAUAAAAAAAUAUAUACACUGUGUUUUUUCCUGAAUACUAUCACUAUAUUUACUACAGGAAGGAAAGGUAAAAACGAUAUUUUCUAGGGAAAGUGCUUGAAAGCACUCUCCGCUUGCAAGCAAAAACAAAAAAAGCCACACUUUCCUAUUGGUAGGACAGUCUGCCAUGUCAACCAAACAAAAAAUGAUAUGGCAACAUGGCAUUUGGUUAUUUAGGAAGAGGGGGAAGUUUUAGGAGUGACCGUGGUGAGAGCGCGAAAGAGAGAGUGCGAGUUUUGAGAUGUGAGAGAUUUGUGAUGUUUAAAGUGUUUGUAGUCUGUAGUUACCAGGUAGUGUAGUGGAUAGUUUUGCUUUGUGUGUCACAACAAUGAGGCGAUUGCUGAAUGUUGCAGUUGCUACCAAAAAGCCACCAAAGGCAGACUGCAGUGUAAAAGCUGUAACCAGGUGGAAAACAGGAGUGAUACACCUCCUGCUUUCAGGGCUGCAGGUAUCAGGUUUGUGAUGUUUUCCUUUAUAUUAUAGCGGACAGAAAUUAUUUUUGGGAGUGGUACAAAUAAUUU